CGGUGUGAUCGACACUCUGGGGGUCUCUGCAGGGAUCUAAUGAUCUGGGCACAGCAUACUUUUUGGUACCCAGCAGUUGAAUUAUUAAUAAAGACCCUCCACGACAUUGAGAAACUGAGGACUGGAUGACUUCAAUGCUGAACAUGAUCCAAAGAAAAAUUGAUUCCAAUUGUUCUCAAGCUUUUGAAAACAUGGAUAUUAUCCCAGACUCCUUUUAUGAGGCCAGCAUCACCUAAUUCUAAAACCAGAAAAAGAUACAAUAAGGAAAGAUAAUUAUAGAGCAAUGUCUGAUGAAUAUAGAUGCAAAAGUCCUCAACAAAGUACGAUAUAAUUAAAUCCAACAAUGUAUCAGCAAGAAUGUGCAUCAGGACCAAGUCAAAUUUAUUCCUGGCAUGCAGGAAUCAUUCAACUUAUGAAAGUUUAGUAAAGAAUGUAGCUAGAAAGAAGGGAAAACUUCUAAUUUAGGCAUUUUAUCCAUUUUAUUUAACCAAAAUAUUUGCUGCGACAAGACUUUGCAACAUGUGUAUUGUGUAAAUUAUCUGUGAAUGUUUUAUUUUAACUUGUUUUGCAGGGAGGAAAACCAACAUUAGGCAGAAAGUCAUAUUUGCAUUGCUAAGAGACAAGUCCUCUUAUGAUGUCACAGUAACUCAGGACCAUGGUGAUGGCUGACAUCAGCUAGUCUUGUGUAAGUCUACUAAAGCAACAUUUGAGGCCUCAGUUCUCAAAACCAGGCAGAAGCCAAAGAAAAAUUUAUUUGAGAUGGCCCAGGUUCCCUCAGAAGUUCAAGGUGUCUCUCCUCAGAGUGGAACAACUGAUUCAGAAAACACCACUGAAGCUCCAGGCUGGUAUCCCACAAUUGAUAAUGACUUGGAUUUAAGGUCUGUAGUUGAAGAAAAUGCCUUUCAAGCUUUAUCUGAAGGACCCUUGAUAAAAAGACCACGCUAUACACUUUGUAUGUCUGACACCCCAGAAGGGAAUGAUUUUGUUUCUCUGACCUUUCCUGUAAAACUUUGGAAGAUAGUUGAAAGUGAUCAAUUUAAGUCAAUUUGGUGGGACGAAAAUGGGACUUCUAUUGUGAUAAAUGAAGAAUACUUUAAGAAAGAAGUGUUGGAAAGAAAGACCCCUUUUAAGAUAUUUGAAACAGACAGCAUGAAAAGUUUAGUUCGACAGCUUAACCUUUAUGGAUUUAGAAAAAUACGACAAGAUUUCCAAAGCUCUGCAUCCCUGACUGACUUUCGGGAAGAAGAAAACAACAUACCUGUUUUUAGCAAGGUCUGUUUCUAUCAGAAUCCAAAUUUUAAGCGAGGAUGUCCCCAACUUCUAGUAAGAAUGAAGCGCAGAGUUGGGAUUAAACACACAUCUCCACCAUCUGCUUCUUUAGUUCACAAUCUUGACAAGACAUACCACAGUGCAGGCGAGUAUGUGCAUACUCAAAAUCCUAGCUCAUCUACAGAAACUAAUGAAGAAAGGUUACUUUCACUUCUACAAUUUAAUGUGCUUCCUACUAGCCACAGAAUUGCUAAUUCAAAUGAUCCAGUGACAAGUAUAUUUUGA